CGUCUGUUGCUUAGCUGCAAGAAGAAGAAGAAGAAGAAGAAGGCGGUUCCGUUGGUUUACUUCCUUAUUAAUUCCAUCCCACACCCUCCCCUUCUUCCCCAAGUAACCGAACAGAUCUUCAUCCCCCCACCCCACCCCACAACCUCUAUCCAUGAACUCCAAAUGAUCCCUCCCACCCCACCCCACCCCACAACCUAUAAAUUCUCAACCCCUUGUCACACCUCAAUCUGUUUGUAUUGAGCUUCGUCUGAUCUGAUCGAUCGUCUGAGUAUUCUUUGUUAACCCCCCAUUCCUCAAUAAUGUAUUGUCUUUGGUAGAGUCAGAUUCCACCUCGGGAUCCGGUCAUAUCCUCUGCUUUCUUCCAAAACUGCUACUUCUUGAUUUUGGGUCUUCUGUUCCAUUGGUUUCGAUGAUUCCGACGUGCAACCUCCCGGUUCCGAUUGCAUAUUUUCAUUCUAAUCGUUAAAUCUUUCCGGAAUCCAUUGUUUUUUCUUUCCCUCCUUUUUUUUUUGGGUCAAAAUUUAAUUGUCCUAACAACGCGGUUUUAAAAGUUCCGCCUUCUGGUCAAACAUGGCCGACUCUGUUGAGCAAUGUCGGUUGCUGCCAACUGCAGCGCUUGGAGCUAACGACCACUUCGCCCGAGCCUUCGAUCUCAAUCACGCGGUGAGUGACACCGAGGAUGACGACUCCUUCACGGGCACGGGCACGGACACGGACACCUCCUCGGACGGCUCUGAGCCCACCUCCUCUGUUUCCGACUGUGAGAGCGGCGUCUCCGGUAACUCAACCUCUUACUCUUCAGCCGCUGCUGCUGGUUCUGCUGGAUUCCCGUGCUUUGAUGAUGGAAUGAUUCGGCUCAGCUAUGGGGACAAGGCCCACGACCUCAUCAAAGGCCGGUUUGUAUCGGGACUUGGCCAACUCAGGGAAAAAACCACCGUCGCCGCGAUACACAGGAACUGCUACUCGAGCCCCACAGCCCAGGCCCGUGCCCAGGCAUUCCAAAUUUACCUGCAGGCCACUCAGAAGAAACGCGUCGGCGACGCGAAUGUGAAGUAUGCUUGGUACGCAGCCUCGAAGGAAGACAUGGCAAAGAUUAUGUGUUUCGGGUUCGGGCAUUGUGGGAACACCAGCAACGGUUUGUUCGGUUCGGGAAUUUACCUAUCUCCCGACAAUCAUCCUCUUGAAAGCGUGAAGUUUGCGCCGUUAGAUAAGGAUGGCAUGAGGCAUCUUCUGCUGUGUCGGGUUAUACUGGGGAAGUCCGAGCUCAUUCAUCCCGGGUCCGAACAGCACCAUCCCAGCUCCGAGGAGUUUGACUCGGGCGUGGACAGCUUAUCGUGCCCUAAGAAGUACAUUGUUUGGAGCACCCACAUGAACACCCAUGUCUUGCCCGAGUACGUAGUCAGUUUCCGGAUGCCGUGCUGCUUGAAAGGUUUACUCGAAACGCAAAGUCCGUUGAGAAAGCCGACAUCGCCGUGGAUGCCAUUUUCAAUGCUGAUUUCUGAGCUCUCGAAGAUUCUUCCUGCGCCCACCAUCGGGUCGAUCUCCAAGUAUCAUAAAGACUACAAAGAGAAGAAGAUUUCCAGGCAAGAGCUUAUACGGAAAAUGAGACAAUUCACGGGCGACAAGUUGCUGAUCGCAGUCAUUAAGUCUUUCCGAAGUAACAAACUCAGGGCAGCAAGUGACUUUCCACGCAAGGAAUGCUGAGACGGGGCCAUGAAUGGGGGUUCGAAGAUGUGUAAAUGAACAUGUUUUUUUUUUAUUGUUUUUUUUUUUGCUUUGGUUCCCAUUGGCAAAGUUCGGAUGACCAGGAGCGAGAAGUGCAGCCGGACGACGACGCGUCCUGACUCGGAAACAGACACUAACAUUAGGUAACUCACGCAGGAUGAAAACAGUAUGGUUUUAUGACAAUCUUAGCCUUGUUGUUAAGCGUUCGGUUUCGGGUGCUUCUCCCUUUUUGGUGUAUUUUCGCUUUUCUUGAAAGGGCUUCUCCUUGAUGUUGCAGUUUCUUCAAGUCACGCAGUUGUAAUGAUACUUGCAGAUAAAGGAAUUGUUCCUUUUGGAAAUUGGAUAUUUUUUUAUCCUCGAAA